AUGGUAACCGAACCGAACCCCAUUCGAAGACCUCCAGUGAUGUACAACCCAAUGCCUCCUGAAGAUGAUUGGGUCAUUGAGGGCGGCGGCAGCCUCAGCCCCCUAGGCGGCGGCAGCAGCAGUGGUAGCGGCGGUAGCAGCAGUGUCAGGGGCGUCAGGCUUGGGCGCCGCCGAUGCUCUGGCUGCCUCUGGGGCGGGCCACCUGCUGAGCACCCCCAGCCCGGGCGGCCCCCCACCGCCAGCCCCACGCCCACCCCGCUGCAGAGGAACCCGUAGGCCACCUGGGAGGUGGACCGGAGCUCGGCCAGCUGCGUGCCCGGGUUGUUCAACGUGACCCUGAAGAAACUCGUCAUGCUGAAGGAAAUGGACAAAGACCUGAACUCUGUGGUCAUCGCCGUGAAGCUGCAGGGCUCAAAAAGGAUCCUUCGGUCCAAUGAGAUCCUUCUUCCGGCCAGCGGCCUGGUAGAGACGGAACUUCAGCUGACAUUCUUCCUCCGGUACCCUCAUUUUCUCAAGCACGAUGCCAACAAGCUUCAGAUCAUGCUGCAGAGGAGAAAGCGCUACAAGAACCGCUCGAUCCUCGGCUACAAGACGCUGGUGGUGGGGCUGAUCAACAUAGCAGAGGUCAUGCAGCACCCCAGCGAAGGCGCCCUCGUGCUCGGCCUGCAUAGCAACGUGAAGGAUGUCUCUGUCCCUGUGGCCGAAAUUAAGACCUACUCGCUAUCCAGCCAGCCCAUCGACCAGGAAGGGAUCAAGUCUAAGCUGUGUUCUCCUGAUAUCGACAACUACUCUGAAGAGGAGGAAGAGAGCUUCUCAUCGGAGCAGGAGGGGAGCGAUGACCCUUUACAUGGCCAGGACUUGUUCUGUAAAGAUGAGGAUCUACGAAAAGUGAAGAAAACCCGGAGGAAACUGACCUCGGCAUCUGCGAUCACGAGGCAACCCAACAUCAAACAGAAGUUUGUGGCCCUGCUGAAGAGGUUUAUCUCCGAUGAGGUGGGCUUUGGGCUGGAGCACGUAUCUCAGCAGCAGAUCUGGGAGGUAGAGGAAGACUUGGAUAAGUUGUAUAACAGCCUGGAGAUGUACAACCCCAGUGACAGCGGGCCCGAGAUGGAAGAGACGGAGAGCGUCCUGAGCACCCCAAAGCCCAAGUUCAAGCCCUUCUUUGAGGCAAUGUCUCAAUCCAGUUCCCAGACGGAGAUCGGCAGCCUCAACAGUAAAGGCAGCCUGGGGAAGGACACCACCAGCCCCAUGGAAUUGACUGCUUUGGACAGAGUCAAAGCUACUUCUUGGAUCAAAAACCCGGACGACAGUGUGACUGAGAAUGAUCCUCUGGACAUCAGUGACCAGGACAUGUUUGGAGACAGCAGUACCACCCUGGUUGUGCCGGAGAAAGUGAAAACACCCAUGAAGUCCGGCAAGGUGGAUCUCCAGGGCUCUUCCUCCCCCAGCAAAAUGGACCGGGUGCACACCCCCUGGCAGAAAAGGAGCACCCCACUGAAGGAACGGCAACUUUCCAAGCCUCUGAGCGAGAGGACCAACAGUUCAGACAGUGAGCUCUCUCCUGACCUUGGCUACAGUGCCCAGAUCCCAAGAAAGGUGGUGUAUGAUCAGCUAAAUCAGAUCCUGGUGUCUGAAGCAGCCCUCCCAGAAAAUGUCGUCCUCGUGAACAACACUGACUGGCAGGGCCAGUAUGUGGCAGAACUGCUUCAAGACCAGCGGAGGCCUGUGGUGUGCACGUGUUCCACCGUGGAAGUCCAUGCUGUGCUCUCUGCCCUGCUCACCCGAAUCCAGGGAUACUGUAACUGCAACUCGUCCAUGCCAAGGCCCGUGAAGGUGGUAGCUGUGGACGGGCAGAGCUACCUGAGCUCCAUCCUCCGGUUCUUUGUCAAGGCCUUGGCCAACAAGACAUCCGACUAGCUGGGCUACAUGCGUUUCCUCAUCGUCCCCCUUAGUUCUCACGCUGUUGCCAAGUACAUCAGCUCAGUGGACAGCAGGUACAGCAGCACCUUCCUCUACCCGGCCUGGAGUGAUUUAUUCAGUCGCUCGGAGCCCCCAGUUUCAGAGCCGCCGGACGUGGUGGGCCGCGUGAUGCAGUACGUGAGUGGGGCUGGCAUGACACACCAGCUUCCUGUGACGGAGGCCAUGCUGACCUGCAAACACAAGUUCCAAGACGAAGAUUCCUACCAGAUUGGGGUGGUCAAAGUGGGCCUGGUGGGAGACUCUCCUCUCACAGCAGGCGAUGAUGACGAUGCACCCGAGGUCAGCCUCACCAUCCUCCCCACGUCCCCACCUUCCAACUCUGGCCUGAGUCGUGAUGCGUUGGCCACACCCCCUUCUUCUCCCUCCAUGAGCAGCGCCCUGGCUGUGGUUGGGAGUCCCAACAGAUGGUACAGGGAUGUCAUCGGCCUGCAGGUGGACUAUUGGCUGGCCCACCCCGGGGAGUGGCGGGGGGAAGGAGAGAAGAGGGACGCCAGCUCCAAGAACACCCUCAAGAGCGUCUUCCACUCGGUGCAGGUGUCCUGGCUGCCCCACGGCAAAGAGGCACAGCUCUCUGGCACCAUGGCCAUGACCGUGGUCACCAAGGAGAAGAACAAGAAAGUGCCCACCAUCUUCCUGAGCAAGAAGCCUCGAGAGAAGGAGGUGGACUCCAAGAGGCAAGUCAUCGAAGGCAUCAGCCUCCUCAUCUGCUCAGCCAAGCAACAGCAGACCAUGCUGAGAGUGUCCAUUGAUGGCAUGGAGUGGAGUGACAUCAAGGUUUUCCAGCUGGUUACUCAGUGGCUCACCCACGUCAAGCAUUUCCCAGUGGGCCUGUUCAGUGGUAGCAAAUCCACCUGA